UCGAUGUUAACGUGAAAUCACUUCUUCUUUUUCUCACCACCACCUUCUCUCCUUCCCUCUUACUCAUCCUAGCUAUAUGGCAUAGUUUGAUCAUUGUGGCUUUUGAAUUUGAUGGGGGAAGAGUGUGAACUAGACUCCAUGAGAAAAUUGCAUAGCUGCUUUCAGUAUUGUGAAAAUUGGUGCUGUUUAAGACAAGAUAGUUCCAAUGGUUACCCUUAAGUGAGAAAGAAGGGGAAAAAAAUAAUAAUAAUUAGCACUCUGCUUGUUCAUCAAAAAUAAGAUCCCAUAUUUAUUAAUAUUCUUUUUAUAACAAUAAAGUGGAGUUGAGUAUCCAGAGAUCCAAUCUUCUAUUUACUUAAUUUUUCUUUCUACUCAUCAUGAAGAGAACUGGAAGCUCAUCAGAUUCUUUAGGACCUCUCAUGACAAUUUGUCCAUCAUCAACAGAGGAGCAGAGUCCGAGGAGCAACCACGUGUACGGGCAUGAUCCAUUGUUCCAGUCGAUGGUGCUUGAUGGUCUAGACGAAGAAGGGUGCACGGUAGAGGAAUCUGGGCACCACUCUGAGAAGAAGCGAAGACUUAGCGUGGAACAAGUGAAAGCGUUGGAGAAGAACUUCGAGGUUGAGAACAAGCUUGAACCAGAGAGGAAGGUGAAGUUAGCACAAGAACUUGGGUUGCAGCCUAGACAGGUGGCGGUUUGGUUCCAGAACCGCCGCGCCAGGUGGAAGACUAAACAGCUUGAGAGAGAUUAUGGCGUUCUUAAAAAUAAUUAUGAUGCUCUUAAGGUUAAUCAUGAUGCACUAAAACAGGACAACGAUGCGUUGCACAAGCAGAUCAAGGAAUUGAAGACAAGGCUCCAAGAAGAGAACACAGCAAGCGAUGUUUCCGUGAAGGAAGAACAGAUAACGAUGCCAGAAUCGCAAGAGAAAUUAUUGGUGAUGAAUGAAGAACACAACACUACUGAUGAAACCUCAAUUCUUGGAUCAGGAUCCAACGUUAACGAUCACCACUUGUACCAUGACAAUUGCUUCAACGACAACAGCGAUCACGGUGUUGUUGCUCUUGGUGCAACAACAACAUCGCCGUCACCGUCACCGUCGUCACCGCCACUCUUCCCUUCAGACUUCAACAAAGACGGUUCUUCCGAUAGCGAUUCAAGUGCGAUCCUAAACGAAGACACCAAAGACGCAAUUUCUUCGUCUGGGGUGCUUCAAAGUAACCACCACUUCCUGAUGUUUUCAGAGUCUCCUGCAUUGAAAUUCAACUGUUCCAUGUUGGCCACUUCGUCUUCCAUGAAUUGCUUCCAGUUCCAGAAACCGCACCAGACUAUGCAAUACGUGAAGAUGGAAGAGCACAAUUUCAUUGGUGCCGCUGAUGAGGCAUGCAAUUUGAUCUUCUCCGAUGAACAAGCACCCACCCUUCAUUGGUACUCUUCAGAUCAGUGGGGUUAAAAAAAUAAAAUGAUGAAGGAAUGUAGCUCCGGAAGUUUUAUUAAUGGUAGAAACUCAGGUGAAGUCGACUUCACGUGAAGUUGAUACCUGAGAGCCGUUAGAUGAUUUGACUAAUUUGAUUAAAUUUUCAUCUAACAACUCUCACGUAUCAACUUCACGUAAAGUCGACUUCACCUGAGUUUUCACGUUUAUUUAUUUGGCCCCAAGAUGAGAGGGAAAAAAGAGUUAUAUCUAUCUGAAAAUUUCAUUGGAGAGAACUCAAGGUCAUAACCACCCGCACAGCCUGCAAUGGCAUGGAGCAAGAAAAGAAAAUAAUUCUAUGAUUGAUAUAUUUGAUGCUAUGAAGAUUCAUCAUAUUAUUGUCAUAGGAUGAAGUGUAAUUCUAGUCACCAAGUGAUGAUUUUGCAAACAAAUACAAAUAGAUUAAUCAUGCAUCUUUCA